AAGAGUGGCUUGAGAAAAACAAUUGAAGCCGUCACCAACCUUCCUUCUUGUUGUAAAAGUAAAACCCUUCCAAAACCCAUUCUUUCUUUCUUCUUCAAAACCCCAAUUUUCACUUUUCAAUUUUCACACAUUUUCUCUCAUCGAUCAUCAUGUCGAAAUCAUUGAAUCUCAUCAAGGAACACGCUUCCAAUCCCAAACUAUGGUUGAUCGUCGGAAUAGGACUUGCCGGAGGAAUCGUCGUUGUAUCGGAGACACGCCGUAGAAGACGCCGCCGUAACACUCCAAAACCUGAUUUUGGUGCUUUUAUUGAACGCUUUGAGCUUCUUCCCUUCCCUCAACCUCCUCCUCCUGCAGCUAAGCAAAUGCUCGGUUCUCUCAACUUUGCCAUAAGCGACAUAUUUGAUGUAAAAGGCUAUGUGACGGGGUUUGGAAAUCCUGAGUGGAAGAAAACCCACGAGCAGGCGGAGAAGACUGCACUUGUGGUGACUGCUCUGCUCUUCAAUGGGGCUACUUGUGUUGGCAAGACUGUUAUGGAUGAAUUCUCUUUCGGGUUUUCUGGUGAGAACAAGUAUUAUGGAACUCCAACUAAUCCUAAGAUGCCAUCAUGUAUCCCGGGAGGUUCUUCUAGUGGUUCAGCAGUAGCAGUUGCUGCGGGACUUGUUGACUUCGCUAUUGGUACUGAUACUACAGGAUGUGUGAGAAUUCCAGCAUCACUCUGUGGCAUUUUUGGUUUUAGACCAUCCCACGGGGCUGUAUCUACCAUUGGAGUACUUCCAAAUGCACAAAGCUUAGACACCAUUGGAUGGUUUGCUCGCGAUCCAUCUGUCCUGCAUCAUGUUGGACAUGUUUUACUUCAAUUGAAUUCAGUGGAUACCAAAAGGUCAAGGUGUAUUAUAUUUGCCGAUGAUCUCUUUCAAUUUUCCAAAGAUGCUACACAGAAGUCAAUUUAUGUCAUUGGGAAAGCUAUAGAGAAUAUGUCUGGAUAUCAGGCUCCAAAGCAUAUGAAUCUUUGUGAGUAUAUUGUUUCAAAAGUGCCUAGUCUAAGGCUUCAUGAGCAAUCAGCCAACCAACAAAAUGGAACAUCUAUUUUGAAAACUCUCUCAUCGGUUAUGCUUUCAUUACAAAGAUACGAAUUUAAAGCCAACUAUGAAGAGUGGGUUAAAUCAGUCAACCGUAGGUUACGCCGUUGUGUGCCUAAACAUGUUAGUGAAGCCGUUUAUACUACACAUGAUAAUAUAAAAGCCUUGUAUAAAGUCAGGACUGAGAUGCGUGGUGCACUUCAAAGUCUGUUAAAGGAUGGUGGAAUACUAGUUGUUCCCUCUGUAGCAGACAGUCCACUAAAGCUUAAUGCAAAGAAAGGUUUUUGUUCUGAUUUCCAUGAUAGAACUUUCGCAUUAUCCAGCAUUGCGAGUAUGUCUGGAUGUUGUCAGGUUACGAUUCCGUUAGGAUAUCACGAUGAUCGUUGUAUUUCUGUUUCAUUCAUCUCAGCCCAUGGAGGUGACAAAUUUCUUCUAGAUACGGUCCUAGAUAUGUAUACAACUCUUCAAGAGCAGGCUAGCUCUGGCUUUGACUCCUUGCCAUUACCAAGCAUCAACGGAAACAUGGAACCUUCUGAAGUUUCAAAGGAGAAGGGAAAUGCAGCAUUUAAAGAAAAGCAAUGGGAUAAGGCAAUCACUCACUAUACUGAUGCAAUCGAAUUGAAUGGGACAAAUGCAACUUACUACUGCAACCGAGCAGCUGCUUUGUUAAAGCUAGGAUGCUUUCAACUAGCGGAAGAAGACUGCAGUAAGGCAAUAUUGCAUGAUAAGAAGAAUGUGAAGGCAUAUCUGAGACGUGGAACUGCUAGAGUAUCACUAUUACGGUAUAAGGAGGCUCUCGAAGAUUUCAAGCAUGCUCUUGUUCUUGAACCACAGAACAAGGAUGCAACUCGCGCUGAGCAAAGAGUCAGAAAAUUGAUGAGUUGAGUGUGCUUUUUCUCUCCCUCCCUCCCUCCAAGAGAAAAUCAAUAGUUGUGGAAAAUUAUACAAAUAUUCUCUCCCCGUCAUAAAUUUUAUUCAACCCUAUUGGAUUAUUAUGCCAAUAAUUUUGGACCUGCAUAUAUAAGAUUGGCCUAGUAGCCUCUGUACAUUUUAAAUUAAAGUGCACGUCAUAUCAUAUUUGCUUCAAAUGAUAUAGUGAAAUACGAAUUUGUUACAA